AUGGCACACUCCAUUGAGAGUACCUCAAUAGCUACUGAAAUAAAUGAGAUAGAAAGGAGGAAAGAACAUCAUUUGAUCGAGAUAAAGGAGACAAACAACAUAAUUGGUAAUUUGCUUAAGAAUUUACGCAAUUCAUCUAUUGAAUUGUGUAUCAUAUUCAAAGUAAAUGUGGGGCUACGUGAAUCAAAUUCAUCUGCUUAUACACCAAAGAUGAUCUCUAUUGGUCCUUACCAUAGGAAAAAUCCUCGACUUGAUCCAAUGAAAGAGCACAAACUAUUGUACUUACGACGAUUACUUCAACGGAAGGAGGGGCUUGGUUUGAAUGAUUGCAUCAGUGAAUUGCAUAAACUAAAGGAGGAAGCACUAAAGUGUUACAAAGAUAUAAAACAGCUGCACGGGACAUAUGAUGAUUUUCUCUCAAUGUUGUUGCUUGACGGUUGUUUUGUAGUUCAGUUUAUUCGAGAGACGUAUUGUGAAAGGGGUCCAGUAGGAGAAGCCAGGAUUAUCAGUGAUGAUCGUGCAAGUUACAUAUUUCGAGACUUGAUGUUACUAGAAAACCAACUUCCUUUCUUUGUCGUCAACAAGCUUCAUUCCAUGACAAAGGAAGUUAACGAAUCAUCAUUGGUAAUACUGGUGAAUUAUUUGUGUACCUCCUAUUUUGGUAGCAUGGUAAAAAGGACCUGGGCAUCGGAAUGUAAUAAUGUUGGAAAUAUCAAACAUUUACUUCAUCUACUACACAUAUUUUCAUGUACUGAGAUUAAUCCCAAGGAAAAGUCAAAUAAUUAUGAAACAACGUAUAAGGUUAUGCCAAAUGCAACGGAGCUUUCCGAAGCUGGAGUUAGCUUUGCAAAGGUCAAUGGUAUAACAAGUUUAUUUGAUAUAAAUUUCAACAAUGGAUUUAUGAAAAUCCCUUGUUUUCAAGUCGAUGAUGGUACAGAAACCAUCUUGCGAAAUCUCAUUGCUUAUGAGCAACAAUCAUAUGAUGUACGACCUAAAUAUUUCACUGAUUAUGCUGCUUUCAUAGAUCAUCUUAUCGACUCAGAAAAAGAUGUGAAUUUGCUUCGCCAAAAAGGAAUCAUAGUGAACUUGACGGGAGACGACAAAAACGUGGCUAGCCUCAUCAACAAAAUCGGAAAUGGGGUCACGAGGUUGACAGCUUUAUCAGAUCCGGCUUAUUACCCAUCUUCAGAUUAG